AUGUACGGAUAUAAUCCAGGAAUGCCAGGAAUGUAUGUGCAACCAGGUACCACAACGACCACGGUUACCACUUAUUGGCAAGGUCCACCUCCAGCAUGGAUGCCAGCUGGAUUCGUAGUUCCUCCUCACAUCAUGGCCAACCGAUUCAAUUAUGUCCAAGCAGCUCAACAAAUCUUUUGGCAAUAUGACCUCAACCGUAACGGAACUCUCUCCAAGAAGGAAUUCAAGUUUGCUGCUGCUACUCAUUUCGGAAUUCCACCAAUGAAUGCCAAGUAUUUGUUUAGAAUGAUGGAUCGUGAUGGUAAUGGUGUCAUCACUCUCGAUGAAUUCAUCAAUGCUUAUUUAUUCAUCAUGGCAGGAGGUGCAAACUAUAUUACCCCAAUGCCAUCCUUCAGAAAACGUAUGGGAAUGAUGGGAGGAGUACCUUAUGGAGUUCCUCCACCAAUGCCAUAUGGUGGUAUGCCAUACAAUCCUUAUGGUUAUCCUCCACAACCAUUCAAUUAA